AUGAUGGCGACAGUGCGCCGCGUUGUGUGUGUGUUGGCCGCUGCUCUCUGUUGUGUGUCCUUGUGCGUGACGGCUGACGGCGCUGCUGAUAAGAAGGCUUCGAUUAAGGAAAGGGUGACUGUGCUGACCGAUGCCGCGACGAAAACACUGCAAGCGCUGGAGGAUGUUGGCCGGGUUUUCUCCAGAGCCAACAGUGCAUUGGGUGAAACUAUGGCGGUGACGAAGAGUGCUGAUAACGCAAAGCCGCACGUCGAUAAAGUGUUGGCCGAGACGGGGAGUGCAGUGAGUGAAGCUGACAGCGCAGCGAAGGAGAUUGAAAAAUGCUUCCUGGCGGACUCUAGUAUCAGUGUGAAAAGGUUGUUGGUUGCGUGUAAUCUUUCAGGUGCUGCGAUGAAUGCGCGAACUGCGGCGGAUAAAGCUAACAGGGCUUCUGGUGAUGCUGCAACUGUCGCUCGUUUUCUUCAGACUGCUAAAGAGUCUGCUAAUGAGUUGAUGCAUAAUGUUGAAGAGGUACGGAAACUGUGUGAGGCCGCAGUGCAGAGUGCCAAGGUUGCAGCGGAGACAGUAAAGGCGGCAAAGGAAAUAAGUGCCAAAGACGUACAGAAACUCUCCGACGUCGCUGGGAAGGUUAGGGAGGCAAACACGAACGCUGCGAAUAUUGCUUCACGUGCUUCCGAGGCGAUGAAGAAGAUUGAGCAGACACUGAAGGACAUCGAGGGCGCGAAGACAAACGCGGAUUUGGCGGCAACGAAUGCUACGCACGCAAAAGAUAAUGUUAUGGAGGCACACACGAAAUUAAAGGCGGUUAAGGCCGACGAAGAGAACACAGCUUUAAGCACAGAGAUAAAGGAUUUUGUUGGAAGUGCAAAAGCAAAUGCUACAGAAUCAAAGAAGAAAGCCGACUUGACAGCAAAGAGUGCAAAAGAAGCCGCGAAUAAUAUUGGUGCUGCAAUCGAGGAUACUAAACAGGUGGCUGAGCUUGCAGGAAACGCAUUGGGCGCCGCUGAAGAUGCAAUGGAUUUGGUCAGGGAAGUCAAAGAAGUUAUUGGUGCUGCCCUCAAAAAAGCUCAGAAAGAAUCGAAAUCAUUGACUGAUAAAGCGAAAAAGACUCAAAGGGGGGUCUCGGCCUCACAUCAAACGCCUGGGGCACUCCCUGUGAAUGCAAAGAAGAAACAUCCACAAGUUGCGUCACCAACCACGGCCGCUGCGUCUUCUCCUCACACACAGGGCGGCGCAGCUAAAAAGCCUGAGGCCUCGGCUGCUGUUACUGGGACACACCCAAUGGGAGAGAGUGACGCAAAGUCGCCCGAAGUGAAUGCGUCGCCCGCGGUCGAUAAGUCUGAUGCUGCAGGAGAAGCAGAGGUUGUGGCUGAAGCAAGCAAUGCAGCCACAGACACUCAUAACAAUCGUGUUAAAGAGCGUUCAUCAGCAGAAGAGGAGACAACUGCUGCGUUGCUAACUGUUAAGAAAAGCGAUGGGACCGCAGGCAAAUAUGACAUUGGAAUGACGGACAGCAGCAGCACCAAUCCUGCGUGGGUGCGUGCACCGCUGACGUUCCUUCUUCUUUUGAUGGGGGCGCUGGCCUGUCUGGCUGCGUGCUGA